AUGCGACAGCAUCAAGGGUCUCGCCAUGGAAAUCACUAUUGGUUGCAAGUUAUUCAAGAGCUUACACGUGCUAUAUCAAGAGAUACCGAUUUUUACAAAUUGCGUGUCUUGCAUGCAGAACAGUAUGAGGUUGAUGCCGUCAAUCACUUGAGUGUGUAUGUGUGGGUUAUCAGGCGUAUAUUGAGUACCUUCUCGAAAGGACCCACUCUCCGCAAAACUUUUGCAAGGGAUGCUAUUGUUUGUGGAGAGCUCGACAAGUGGGACCAAGAGACACACGAUGAAGUACAGGUGCCUGAGACGGAGACCCGACCUAAUGGCGUAUGA